CCCCGCCCCGCGGGCGGCCCUGGCGCGGAGCCGCUGCCGGUGCCGGUCCCGCCGGGCCGGUCUGUGCGGCGGCUGCCGGCGCUGCUGGGCGAGGUCAGGGAAAGUCCAUGUGAGGAGCGGCUGGAAUCACUUCCUGCCGCCGCCCGGCCCCGCCGCGUCAGGCCCAGGGCAGCCUCGGGGGCCGGCGCCCCGCAGAUGUGCCCUACUUUGGAUAUCCCUGCAUUGAAUGUCUGAGGAGCUCCAGCCGACCCUGAGCCAUGUCGCAGAUGUUGCACAUAGAGAUUCCCAACUUCGGGAACACCGUUCUGGGCUGCCUCAACGAGCAGCGGCUGCUGGGGCUCUACUGCGAUGUCUCCAUCGUGGUGAAGGGCCAAGCCUUCAAGGCUCACCGGGCCGUGCUGGCCGCCAGCAGCCUCUACUUCCGAGACUUGUUCAGUGGCAACAGCAAAAACGCCUUUGAGCUGCCGGGGACCGUGCCCCCAGCCUGCUUCCAGCAGAUCCUGUCCUUCUGCUACACCGGCAAGCUGACCAUGGCAGCCAGCGAGCAGCUGGUGGUGAUGUACACGGCGGGCUUCCUGCAGAUCCAGCACAUCGUGGAGAAAGGCACGGACUUGAUGUUCAAGGUCAGCUCGCCCCACUGUGACUCUCAGACCACCAUGAUCGAAGACCCCAGCUCGGAGCCGCAGAGCCCCUGCAACCAGCUGCAGUCGGCCUCGGCGCCCUACGUCAUGUCCCCCUCCAUGCCCAUCCCGCUGCUGACGCGCGUCAAGCACGAGAACCUGGAGCUGCAGGCCCUGCCCGGCCUGCCCGGCAAGCGGCCCCUGGAGCCCGGCGCGCGGGACGGGCCCGGCGGCGCCGGCGGCGCCAGCGCGGCGCCCCUGAAGCUGUCGCGCGUCUCCUACUACGGCGUGCCCAACCUGGCCACGCUGCUGCCCAACGUGCAGCAGGUGCAGUACUCGCAGGGGGAGCGCACCAGCCCCGGCGCCAGCAGCAUCCCCACCACCGACAGCCCCACGUCCUACCACAACGAGGAGGAUGAGGAGGAUGAUGAGGCCUACGACACCAUGGUGGAGGAGCAGUACGGGCAGAUGUACAUCAAGUCUUCGGGAGGAUACUCUGUUGCCCAGGAGAAGCCGGAGCAGAUCCCGCUGGAGAACCGCUCGUGUGUGCUGAUCCGCCGGGACCUGGUGGCCCUGCCCGCCAGCCUCAUCAGCCAGAUCGGCUACCGCUGCCACCCAAAGCUCUACUCCGAGGGGGACCCCGGCGAGAAACUCGAGCUUGUCGCAGGCUCAGGCGUUUACAUCACCCGGGGGCAGCUGAUGAAUUGCCAUUUGUGUGCUGGUGUCAAACACAAGGUCCUGCUGAGGCGUCUCCUGGCCACCUUCUUCGAUCGGAACACUCUUGCCAACAGCUGCGGAACUGGAAUCCGGUCCUCCACCAGUGAUCCCAGCAGGAAGCCCCUGGACAGCAGGGUCCUCAACGCAGUCAAAUUGUAUUGUCAGAAUUUUGCCCCGAGCUUUAAGGAGAGCGAGAUGAACGUGAUCGCGGCCGACAUGUGCACCAACGCGCGGCGCGUGCGCAAGCGCUGGCUGCCCAAGAUCAAAUCCAUGCUGCCCGAGGGGAUGGAGAUGUACCGCACGGUGAUGGGCUCCUCCACAAACACUGUCCCCCUGGAGCCCGACUUCCAGCCCAACGCCGCUCAGGUCUUCGAGCAGCGCAUCUAUGCAGAGAGGAGGGGCGACUCGGGGACUAUCGUAGCCUUGAGAACUAACACAGUGAAUGUAGAGCUGAGCAACGGCUCCAGCCAGUCCUUCGAGCAGGGCGAGGACGCCGAGGGCUCCGCCGGCUCCGUCAUCCAGGAGGCGGCAGCGGCCACGGACGCGCUGGCGCCGGAAACCCAAAGCACUCCGCAGCCUUUUGAGCAGGGCUCGGGCUCCCCGAGCCGGCCCGAAACCCCCGUGAGGAGACAGGAUGGUACCUAUGGAGGGACUUUAUAAAGAGAGCAAACAUUUCAUGACCUAUAAGGGAUCUGUAAUACUAAAGCUGCUUGCAUGCGUUACUAAUACAAAACAAACAAAAAAAAAUGUGAUCAAGCCACUUACCUACUGAACUGCUACUGUUGCCUGAAAAAAAUGUGAUUUUUAUUCUGCUUGUAUUUAAAAUUUAUGAAGGAAAUAAUCGCAUUCGUUAUACUGUAAACGACUAGGUCUGUGGCGACCUACUUAAAAAAAAUAUUGGGCUCCUUUUUUGAUAUUCCUGAGGUUAGUCUAUAAGAUUGUAGCUUUUUCUUUUUUUGUUUUUUCCUUUCCUUUUUUUUUUUUUUCUUUUGGGUUUUUGUUUUUUUGUUUGUUUGUUUGUUUUAAGAAGGGGAGGAGAAAAGCUAGCCACCCCCCACCCACCACCACCACCACCCCGUCAUCACCCCAUCCAUCACUCAGCUCAGAAGUAAAGCCAUGGUUAACCUUGUCCUCUAAGGAGAGUUUUGUCACUGAACAGGAAAGCGAGGCGUGUUCGGGUGCAGGUGCUGUGAGUGGCCGUGUUUGUCUCGGGAUGGGCUGGGGGAAAUCGUGACCGUGCUGGUGCCCGGAUCCCUCUGGAGUCAGAGGGAGCCCUGGCCGUGGGUGCUGCUGUCCCGGGGGGAUCCCUGGGGUGGGGAUGGUUCAGGCUGGUGUGUCGGGAGGGCAGCGUGGGGUGCAGGUGGAGAGCCUGGCCGCCGUGGUGGCCGUGGUCUGCUUUUAGCCAAAACUGCUGGGUUUGGGGUUGGUUUCUCUCUCCCUUUCUCCCUCCCAGCGACUCCUUUUCCUUUGCUUCUCCGUGUUUGCACCUUCACCUCCCCACGCCUGGCAGCCGGGCUCUGUCACCCCUCUGCACCCCAGGGCGUGCAGGUGCUGGGGCACCCCCUGGGAGGGGAGGAGCCCCCCUCAGGGUGUGAAGGAAUUUAGGGAGGAAUCUGAGCAUGGAGAGCGCGUUGUUCUUGCUCCAAAGGGCAGGAGUCGGGAGCUGCUGGUGCUGGCUCCUGGCAGCAUCCGCGCCGGAGGCAGAGCUCAGUGCGUGCAGAGCUCACCCUCUGCCCCCUCCCUCCUCCCCAGGCCAACCAGGCUCUCUCUUUUUAAAAAUUUGGAGUGUAUUAGUUGCAAAAACUAAAAAAAUGAGCUCUGUGCCCUUCUGUGAAGAGGUUUUGGGGAGGAGGAGGCUCUUUGCCUCCUGCUCGCCCUCCCGCAGCCCCUUCUGGGGAAAACCCAAUGUGGAGUUCUUGUCUUUAUUUUUGUUCUUGCGGGCUGAUGCCUGUCCCCAGGCUGUGGGGGCUUUGGUGGCCUCGGGCAGGGACUUGUGGAUGUCCCUGGAGCCUGGUGGGCUGCAGGUACCUGCUCUGUCCCUUUACAGACCCCGGGGUGCUGGGGCCAGGCUGGGGGACCCACGGGGGUGGCAUUGCUGGGGUGCCCCCAGGCGAUGGGGACAGUGCUGUGAAAGCCGAGUUUGGCUUUUCCCUUUCUUUCCUUCCCUUUUUUAAUGAUGAUUGUUUUUACUGUGACUUAACGACCUGCUUUAAUGGCACUUGCAGCUUGUUCUUUAACACGUUUGGGACUAGGAACAAGGUGCACAAGGAGUCACUUUUUGGCUGCUGUGGCUGUGCUCCUCUUUUCUUUCCUGCUUUGAUUCCCUAAUCCAGACAGCGCUUUGCUCAGGGUUUUCUUCCUUCUUUGUAUUUCCAUUGGGAAAGGGGGAGCGGGGAGAGGAUAACCCAACUUUUGGCCAUUUGUUUCGUUUUCUUUGAUACUUGAAGCAGAUUUUUUUUGCAUCGUAAAUAACGAGGCUGCCCAGCCUGUGCCGCUGCUCCUGACACAACAAAGCAGUGAUGGGGAGGGGGGUCCUGCCCCACGUCGGGUUUUGGCACAGCUUUUUUGGGGGGACUGAUGCCCCAGACCAGGUUUUGGGGGGCUGAUGCAGGUGCAGAGGUGUGGGAUGCUUCGGAGGAGUGGGAAUGGGCACGGCUCUAUUUGCACUUUACCCACGUCACUAAACAAACCCGGGGACCACGGGCUGAGCUCGGGGGGGGGUUUGUCCCCAGCCAUCCCCGGGGACAAGAGCAAUUCCUUGGCCCUGGGGUGUCCCCGUGCUGCUGGAGGGCAGCUCAGCCAGCUUGGUGGGGCUCACGUUUGGCUGAGCACCCUCUUGAUCCCCCAAACCCAAAUUUGGGGUUUGCCAAAAGUUUGAGGCGAGCUGGGAGCGAGAUCAAAAGUCGUCCCUUGUGUGUGUGUCUGUGUGCAUAUAUAUAAAUAUAAAUAUAUAAAGAAAAGCUAUUGCAGAGGAUUCCCCCUCCUCCUUUCUGGCACUUGCUGGGGGUGGGGAGCAGGCUGAGCCCCCCGGCCGGGGGCUGCUCUUGGCUGGAGGGAUUAAUUCUGGACCAAACCUGUUCCCAGACAGCCGGCGGGGCCACCGGGGGGGCAGCAGCAAAGUACUUGAAUGGCUUAGGACAGAGAGUCUGGAGAGAGUCAAGUUGCACAGUGAAAAAAUAUAUUUUUAUACCUAGCACAACUUCCUGUAUAUUUUGGGGUUGUUUUUUUUUUCUUUCAUUUUAUUUUCUUUCCUUUUUUUUUUUUUUUUUUCCUGAUUUGGGUUUGUUUUAUUAAUUAUUAUUAUUAUUAUUAGGAAGGCAAACUUCUAAAAUGUGAAGGGCGUUGGGUUUUUCCUUAUCUGGUAGAUGAGGGCAAGCAUUUUGCACUAAUGUUUCCUGUGUGUGGAGGAUUAAUGAUAUGUUUGAAAAUGUUAUGUGGUGAUGAUUGUAUUCUUCCGAGAAAAAAAAACAACAAAAAAAAAAAAAGGCAAAAAAAAAAAUAACCCUUAAAACUGAAUGUAAGGUGAGAACAGAGCAGUCCAUCGAUUGUAUGCGGCUUUCCUGAGUGCCUUAGAAUUUUUUGAUCAUUUUUUUUCCAAGGAAAACAGAUUAAGAAGAUCAGAUCAUAACCGACUCCUUCCUCCUCUUUGUUUACGACACUAUUUUAAAUUCUAGAAUUUUGGGGCUGCUUUAUAAUGUGAAUAGGAAACUGCAUUCAUCUAGGUCUGACAGUGUAAAAUCAGAGCAUCAGUAUUUAUGGUAUGUCUGCACCUUUAUUCUUAUGCUUGACUAUUAGCAAUAUUACCUGUAUAUUCUAUAUCUAAAGUUAUACCAAGCACCUUUAACGAGCGCAGAGUGUAAAAGCACCCGAGUUCCCUGUAUAGGACCAGCUCCUCUCCUCCUCGUUAGCGCUAAUUAAACACCGCUUUGCCGAGGGGCUGCAUGACCCUCUGCCACCCCCGGGGUCCCACGGGUGACAUUUGGUGACAUCUGGUGACGUUCGCCGCCUUUCCCGGCGGUGAGGGGUGGCUGAACCCUCGGAGCUGUGAUCUCCCCUUGCCCACCCAGCGCCCCGAAACUGGAACUGCCCGCGGGGUUGGGGGGCAGAGUCCCCUCCGUGGUGUCACCCAGGGGUGUCCCCAAGCCCUCGUCCCCCCGGGGUUGUGCUCACAUCCCUCGUUUUUCUGGAAUUGCCUCGCUGCGAAUGGAGAGGGACCCGUGGGACGCCGGGCUGAGCCCCAGAGUGACCCCAGAGUGUCCCCAGAGUGUCCCCAAGGUGUCCCCAGCUGUCCCCUCAGCCCCCCAUGGCCAGUCCGCAGCCAUCCCGGGAUUCAACUGCUGUUCCAAGUGUUCCUGCUGUUCCAAACCGUGCUGGGAGCAAUCCAGGGGGCGAGUGGGACACGCUCACAUUGGAAACCCCUCCACUCCUCCUUGAGUUUCUUCCACUGUUAAAAAGCGUUUUGCACACACACACAAAAAAAAAAAAAAAUCUAAAAAAAUAAAAAAAAAUCGUGAUUUUUAUGUCAAAGUUAAAGAAAAAAUAAAAAAAAGCCAAAACUUGCAAUACUAUUUUUAGCAGACAAGAAUAAAGAAAAAGAAAUAAAGAAGAUAAUUAAUAAAUAAUAAAAAACAACUGAGUAUAAAUGUAUAAAUAUUUUUGACUUGAACAUUUGGAUGGCACUUGAUUCAAAUAGAACAUUAAUCCUUUGGACAGAAUGUUUGGGGAAAAAAAAAAAGGACUUAAAGUACAAGGUUGUUUUUAAAGCGUCUUCAUAGGGUCUUAAGUAGUACUGUAAUUCAUGACUGUUAAAAAUACUUUCUGUGCUGUAAGGAAAUCUCACAGUACCACUGAAUUAUGUUCCUCAACUGUCUCAGCCACGAACGAUGCUAGCUUCUUUUUUUUUUAUUUUUUUUUAUUUUAUUUUAUUUUUUAUCGUGCAUUAUUCACCAGUAUUUAUGUGCUCUUACUCUGUAUAGUUCAGACUGUUAUUUUGUAGCCAUGGCUGACACGAUAUAUCAGUAACUAAACAAAAAAAAAAAGAGAGAGAGAGAAAAAAGAUGAAGACACCGCCCCCCUCCCCGAGCUGGAACUGUGCUCAUAGCUGUUUUCAUAUGAUGAAAAAAAAUCCAUUUAGAAAACAAAAUAAACAACAAAAAAAAAACCAACCCGAUGUGAUCAUUAAUUGUAAAACGCUUUGUAAAAUUCACAUUUACAAAAUAAUAAAGUAAAUUACAAUUAA